AUGGCCAGCUCGGACGUGGACCUGAAGCAUCUGGGGCGGGUGUCGGUCGCGAUAGAGAGGAAGAACCCGAUCCUGGCGGCGGCGCUGAGGCAGAUUGAGGGCAAUUCGAUCAUGCUGGCGCCGCGGCUGUACCGGGCGCGCAAGAUGCGCAAGCUGGACACGUCGCGCGACACCAAGUCGCUGUCCAACUACCAGCACAUCCUGUGGCUGGCGCGCGAGGGUCUUUCGGUUCUUGAAGUCGACGUGCUGCCCUACACCCAGCACGGCCAGUACGGAGCCGAAGCCGCUGUGCUCACCUCCAAGCUGCGCGCCUCUUUCCUGCACAUCUUCGCGCUCUUCCACAACCAGCCGCCCGUCUCCAGAGACACCUCGAGAUCUUCCUCGUCCAGCACCGCGCCCGCCGUCAACCCUCCCGCGCCUGCACCCACCAACGGCAAGACCCACCGACACACCACCUCACGCACAUCCAACACCAGCGAUCCUCACACCCCGCCGCGCGCAAACCAAAGCAAGCUCAAAGACACAGGCGCCAACGGCGGCCGCACGACCGGCCUUCGAGACCCUGUCGGCUCCAUAACAUCUGAGACCUCCUUCGUCACGAAUCCCUACGGGGGCAACCUAGCCAAAUCAUCCGCAGGCGCCGUCCAGUCGCCGCAGCCUCCGCCGGGCCUACCGGGUCUACCUUCAGCACCCCGUCCCUCGGCUUUCAUCCUCCCACCACUCAACUUCCUACCAAUGGCUGAAGGCUACUUCAUCAACGCCAGCCGCAUUGCGGCGGCCUACCUUCCCGGCUCCCACCCUCUGCGCCUCUCCGUCGAAGUCGAGCACUGCGCCUUCGUAUGGGACUGCAUGCACGAUCACCAGUACGCCAGGCGUCUCGCACGCCACACUAUCCGAGAGGUCUACCACGCCAAGGAGGGCAUGGAUGAUGAGGACUUUGAAGACGCCGCCAAAAUGGUCGACCAUCUCGGCAAGGUCAUGAAGCGCAAGAGCGUCGACAGCACUCCGAAGAUGGUUGGGACCGCUUCACCAAGUGGAGCGAAAGACAGCAGCCCCGUCACCAAGCAAGACUGGAUGGACCGGGAAGCGCGCGCUGUGGGCGGUGGGUUGCGCGGCGUUGCUCAUGUCCAGAAUCAACUCGCCCGAAUCCACGAGAGCCUCAACCCGUUCGAGACGACCGGUACGCUCCAGGCCCUACACGAUCUCGCGCUAGCCGGAGAUCUGCUCGAAGAGAUGCGCGGGUAUGACGGCAACCAAGCGUCGGUCGAGGACGAGAGCGAGGACUGGAGCGUGCAGUACCACCCAAAUAGCUUCAGAAUGCGCAAGAUUGGCGGCCCGGCUCGGCACUUCCCCCACACGGUCGUCGACUACGAAUUGAUUCCACGGUACGACAUCUCCAUGAUCGCCACACUCCUCCGGGCCGCUGCUCCCAGCGAUGAACGCUUCAUCGCAGAGCGCAUCAUCCUGCGGGGCGGCGGCCCCGUCGACCUUCCUGACGCCCCCGCUCCUCCGGGCGUUCUCGCCGCCGUCUUCCGCGCCGCCCACCACCCGCCUGCUGCCAGGGGAGACGAUGAGCUCCCCGAGUAUGACUGGUCUCCGCGGGUCCGGCGCCGCGGCGGAAAGCGGCUCAAGCCAGCCGCCUUCGUUGUCGAUCUCCGACUCAAGGCUGAGCUCUCCGCCGCGGCACCGCUGGCUGCCAGGGCUCCCCCAGGAGCUCCCAAGCUGGCGGCUGUCCAGCCUGUGGUGCUCAGCUCCUACUCGGGGGCUCACCAGCUCUGCCUGGCAGAGCUGAAGGAAGAGGAGAGGAGGGGGGAGUGGGAGGAGGAGAUGGAGGAGCUGGCGGCGGAGAUCCGCCUGGAGAUGGAGUUGCAGGAGGUGGGGGUGUGGGGGGAGGACUUGGUGGUGGAGACGGUGGAGGAGAAGGAGAUGUUCCUCCGCCAGGAGAUCGAGGCAGAAAUGGCGGAGCAGCAGAUGGACGCGGUGGAGAUGGGGGUGGUGGGGGCAGUGUGGAGGGAGAUUGGGGCGCUGAAGGCGCGCGGUGUCGUGCCGUGCGACUUCGGCGCCCCCAGCAUCAGCACGCUGUCGGAGUGA